AGAGACCGGAGUGGAGUUGUGGCUCUAUUUAGGUGAUGACUGUGUGAUGGCAGUAAGCUAAUAAAAAUCUUAGUGUAGAGGCUGAAAUUUCAUCUUCAUAACCUUUUUCUUCACUAAGAUAUGGCAGAUAUUCAGAGAAACCAGUACAUCUGAUCAAGAACCUUUUGUGCGUUUGCUGUGGGUGGACAACCUACGUGCCAGAGUGCCACACAAGGAUGGAUGCUAAUGACAAAGAUCAAGAUACAAUUGAUAAGGAUUAUGUGGCUGAGUUAAAGAGGCUUAGGGAUCACCAUGCCAAGGAGGCCAAGGUCAAGAAAUUCCUGGACACUGAAAUUGUGAUGUAUGAGAAGAAAAUGCAGUGGCACAAGUUGGGCAAGGAAAGAAAGCAGUUAACGGAAAGGCUGCAGCGAUUGGAGGAACUCCUAGAAACUACUAGUUGUCUUUGUUUGCGUGAUGAGCUUGAACAAAUGAGGCUUUCAGUUCACCAGGAAAUACAUGACGUUUUGUUGGAGGUGUCUCAGACAGAGAUGUCCGUUGUUGAACUCAAGAAACGCCUUGUGACGUGCCAAAAAUCUCUGGCACUCCUCAUCAAAAAUAUUGAGGAUGACGACAAAUUAGCAGCGAAAAUCAUGAAACCUGCAAAGAGUGCGACCCUAGAAUCGUCCCCGUGGCUCAUGCUGUGUGAAGACAACACUGGUCUUGACGCGCACUGCAGUGCCUUGCCCACCAAGACGCUAAGCCAGUUUGCCUGGGACCAGUCAGCGGAGUACGUGAAGCUCUACAUCGACGUGCCUGGGCUGAGCGAGGCGCACGGCGGCAGCGUGAAGACCACGUACAGUGAGCGGCAGUUCAGCGUCCUCGUCACCGACGUCGCGGGUCUCAACUACAAGUUCCAUGUCGGUGACCUCACUAACGCUAUCGUCGUCAAAGAGAGCAAGUUCAAAACUAAACCAGGCCGCCUUGUGGUAUUCCUUAAGAAGCAGACGAGCGCAGACUGGCCAGACCUGAAGAGAAGUGGUUCUGUAGAGAAGAAGGAAACAAAUGAGCAAGAUGAGCGACAGGUGCAAAUCAUCUUAAAUGAAAUGCUCGCCAUCGGUGCCCAGACGCUUGGAUCACCCGUCGAAUUAGGGGACCUCAUGUGGAAGAACAAGUUUUUCUCAAUUACGGACACCUCUUCAGCCAAAAAGGCCUUGGAUUUGAUGGAAGAGCUGCCUCCCAAAUUCUGCCAGGUUUGCUGGCUGGAUAAAACUGCAGGUUCAGAAAAAAUUCUCAAAUCUGCUCUUCUUGCGGUGGCGAAAACUGAUGCAUACGUUAAAUGGGACUCGAUUGUUUCUAUAGAUGUCGGGCAUAACUACAACUUUGACGACGAAUACCUGCAACUUCUUGUGAACGGCACUUGCAAAUUUCUGUGGUUUUACGGGCGUUUGAGUGCCUCCGGUCUGUCAUCACUACCAUCUUCAGUCGUCCAUUUCAUCGCCAUCGUCACGUGCGCUGAUGACUUCAACGCUCUUGCUUCCUGUGCGGCCUCGUUCAUGACUCUUGAAAUCUUCAUCCAGCGAAGGUUUCCAUUGUAUGACAUCAACCCGUUGCGUAUCUCUGCCAGCGAGAAGCCCGUCACCAUUAUCGUCUCGGACAUCAAUGAUGAUGACGUUGACUGGCUCUUGAAGGCCACUGAUCGCUUCCUACCUACAAGUACGCUGCCCAAUGGCUCACAAGUGAUUCCGGCCUGGAAACUCACUCUGUUGAACAGUCGUCUGACGAUGUCGGCUCACCGCUCUCUCUGCCUCGACCUGAAAGCCAAUCUUGUGCUCGUUGUUCUCUCCAAUGUAGGGGGCAGUUUCGACGUAGCCUCCUUGGCAAGAAUUUACUCCCAGCGACAAUGUAGGCUGGUUGUCUUACCCCCUCAAGAUCCAAAUGCCCUCCCAAAUAUAUCUGUUCCUUUCGAAUAAAAAUUUAAAAGCAAAGAACAUUCCACAGAAAUUCAUGUCUGUAUAGAAAACUUUUCGGAGUCAUGCCCCAUCGCCAGUUCGUAAAAUUUAGAAUUUAUAGAAGAAAUUACUAAUUAAUACAAUUGAAUAUCACAGAGCAGAGUUUGAAAUCUAAAUUUGCAAAUAAUAGACAGAUCACGAAAAACUGUCUAUUCAGAAUUUUUAGGGGAUAGGAGCUAGCAGCUGAAUUCAAAUUGGGCCU